UCAAAAAACAAAACCAAACCAAACAAAAAACCCAACAACAUUUCUUGAAGUGGGGAUAAAUAGAAACGUAACAGUAAGCUUACAAGGAAUGAACUUUCACUGACAGCAAAGAUCAUCUUUUUGAUCUUUUGUUCCACGCAUAUUUUCUCCGUUGCGUUUUACUGGACAGGCCAUGGAUUGUUGGAAGGAAGUGAAAAGCAGCAGCUGGAGUUAUCCUACCUUGAUGCUCUGCACAUACGGAUUUUUCUCUGCAAUGAGGCCAGCAGAAUCUUUUCUUACGCCUUACCUCACAGGGCCAGAUAAAAAUUUGACCAUUGAAGAGGUGACAAAUCAUGUUUUCCCAGUUUGGACAUACUCCUACCUAGUGCUGCUGGUUCCAGUUUUCCUGAUCACAGACUACAUGCGCUAUAAGCCCAUCAUUAUUCUCCAAGGAGCUGGCUCUCUCAUUACUUGGCUGAUGCUAGUUUUUGCACAAGGAGUGCUAGCCAUGCAGCUGAUGGAAGUUUUCUACGGCAUGUUCACAGCCACAGAAAUAGCUUAUUAUGCCUACAUUUAUAGCACAGUCAGUGCUGACCACUAUCAAAAAGCGACAAGCUACUGCAGAAGCAUAACGUUGGUUGCAUCCGCAGUUGGGGCAGUGCUGGGACAACUGUUGGUGUCCUUGGCAGGCUUAUCCUAUUUUUAUCUAAGCACUAUAAGCUUGGCUUCUGUCUCCCUGGCAUUUUUUACCUCACUUCUGUUACCAAUGCCCCAAAAAAGCAUGUUCUUUCAUAGAAAAGGGCUCUCAGACACUGUCUCAGAAAGAGCGGACAGAGAGAGAACACCAAAUGCAUCCAGCACUAACAAGCACCCUGGUCACCAAGAGGACAAAGACUCUGCAAACCCCAGCACCUCACCUGAAUACCAUCCUAACACUGCUAAGCCACAGAAUCAUGUGCUGAAAGUGCUGGUGCAGCUGUUCAAAGACAUGAAGGAGUGCUACAGCACAAAGAGGCUUCUUUACUGGUCUCUCUGGUGGGCGUUAGCCACUGCAGGCUUCUAUCAGAUCCUGAAUUAUGUCCAGGUGUUAUGGGACCACAGGGCACCUUCCCAGAGCUCUGCAGUAUACAAUGGGGCUGUGGAAGCAAUAGCAACUUUCCUGAGCUCAGCAACAUCCAUGGCAGUUGGAUACAUGAGAAUAAACUGGAAUCUUUCAGGAGAACUGGCCUUGGGGAUCUUCUCUGCAGUGAAUGCAGGUGCCCUGUUUCUCAUGCAUCUUACUGCCAACAUUUGGGCAUGCUAUGCCGGCUACUUGGUUUUCAAGGCGUGUUAUAUGUUCCUCAUAACAAUAGCAACAUUUCAGAUUGCUGUUAACCUCAGCAUGGAACGUUAUGCUUUGAUGUUUGGAUUCAACACCUUUCUCGCACUGGCAAUUCAGACAAUUUUAACUCUUGUUGUAGUUGAUUCAAGAGGCCUGGGAUUGGAUAUAGUCACUCAGUUCCUAGUGUAUGGCUGCUAUUUUGCAGUCAUUGCUGGAAUUUUCUUAAUGAGAAGUAUUUAUAUACUUGGCUCUACAAAAUGCAGAAGAGAGAAACAGAGCUUUCCUAAAGAACAUCUCACCCUCAAGGAACAAGGAUCAGAAGAAUUCAGUUACAACCAGCAGUGCAACGUGGCUGUAAUUGCAAGUACCUUGACUACGCCAGAUAUAUGAGCUCUAUAAUGCUUGCUAUUUAUACUCUUGAUCAGGGGUUGGCAACAUAUAGCCUACAGGCCAGAUCAGCUUUCAGCUGUGCCCAUGCUGCUGCUGCUUUUCUCUGCUCUCCCAGAUUCUGUACAAUGCAGGCUGGGUCAUUUCAAGAGGCACAUGAGCAGCUGGGGGCUUUACCUGCACCCACACCAGAGCCACAUACCUGGGAGCUGCACCCACACUGCUGCUGCUUCUCUCAGCUCCGCACCCCAUGGCUGAAGUGUGAACACAGCUUCCGGCUGAUGGGGAGAUGCACUGGGAUGAGGUAUCUGCAAACUGCACCCAUGCCACUUCUUCCCUCUGUCCCUCUCCACAACAGCUGAGGCAAAUAUGGUGGUGGGGAGCUGUACUGGGGCCAGGCAGCUUUCAGGUGCCUGCACCACAUCUGGGUGGAGAGGAAGUUAGGGGGUGAGAAGAAAGGAAGCAGCAGCAGCAGCACUGAUAGUUUGCAGAUAUCUGGUCCUGGCAUACCUCCACAUUGAUUGGAAGCUGUGCUCACAGUGCAGCUGGGGAGCUGGAAGAAGCAGUGGCAAUACUGGCACAGCUCCCAGGUACCUGGUCCCAGUGAGUUCAGGGAAAGCCCCGGUUGCUGAUGUGAUACUGAAGCUACCCAUCCUACAUUGGAGUAGGCUGGGGUUGUUCCAGCCCGCAGCUUGUAAAGGUUGCUCUAGUUGCAAGUGGAGAUCUACUUCCUUUUUGGUAGAUGUAAAUCCCCAUCCCCACCCCUAAAACUUUCAUUUCAACUUUAUGCAAGAAGACAACCCUGCUACCUUAGUAGUCUUACCUUAAAGGUAAUAGUAUAGCACAAUGGCCCCAAACCAGAAAAGGAAGCAGGUAUUCAGUCCUCAUAACCUUCAUGGCCGUGUCCAGACAAAUGCAGCCGUGUAUGUAGCACUACAUAUGGCACAUUCAGGCAUUUCCCACACUGCUACCUUGCAGCCCAGGGUUUGGGGGGAGGGGUUGACCCCUGGAGAUCCAGGGGCCAAAAAACCCCAUGCAGAUCAAAAAGCAGGGUGGCACACACAGGGACAGCGCAUGCCACCCAAAACCAGAGCCUGCCAGGUGCCAAGCUGCAGAAGCGACACAGCUGCAGCUUCCCUGGCCCCCAGGACACUAAGUAAGGCUACUGGGCACCAACCCUACCUCAUCCAUGGUAACUUGCCAUGCAUCAAAAGGUACAUGGCAAAGGUGUUCCUGGGAAAAACUAGCAGUGGCAUAGUGUCCCAGUGCUAGCUGUCCCCAGGGAACCAAACGUCCUCAGUUUUCUGCAUGUAGCCCAUGGGGCUAAAUUUAUUUCAGAUUUUGAUACUGCCUUCAGUGAUUGGAGCAUUCCCAAGUAAAGUAUACAAUACAACUGUUUUUGUGUCACAUGAUAUUUUCUCCUCGAGGAGUGUGUGCAUGGCCAGAUGGGGAGGAGGACAGUUAAGGGGAAAGAGAGGGAAAAAUUAAAACAGGGAUAGGCAAUUAUUUCAGCUGGUGGGUCACUUAAGUUUUGUUGAGCUGUCAAGGGCCACACACACACACAAAAUCUUUCAGAAGAUAUCAUUUUAACAAAUCAAAUGUCUACUAUAACAUAUUUUAAUUUUAUUUUAAAAAAUAAUUUUUGUCCUGAUGUUAUGCAUUUUUUAGUAGUGUAUAUAAAGAUGAUUGCAUUGUAGCUCAAAAUAAAAUCUUAUCCUUGUA